CUGGUAUCGAUCAAACACGUGCUCUCCUUCACUCCCAUUUCCGACACAUGCAAAUGCAAUUUUACCUCUCCCCUUUUGCAUGUCUCUCCUCUUCACCUGAAGAGCUAAAUCAAUCCAAAUUCAACCUCCAAUUUCCUCUGAAACCCCCUUUUCCAAGAAAUGCUCAUCUCCAAGGACCUAAAUAACCCAAUAAGGUACUAUUCUGCUUCCUCUUGGCACCAUUAGGGAAUAGCAUUUCCAUCUUUGUUCUUCCCCCCCCUUUUUUGCAUAUUUCAAAAGAAUCUUGAAUAAAAGUUGGGUCUUUUCCGUUUCAAAUUUGGCAGCUAUCUGAAGUUGCUGCUCUGAUUUUCUUGAAACAGUAGGAAUGUAAGAUGCAAUAGCCUAGAUGGUCAAAACGAGGAAUAUACAUCCAUGGGUAAAUGCUUUCCUCAUUAUGUCUUUCACAGGAGGUGAGGAAUGAAAUAUUUUAUACAAUUUCCAUUCCUGGGGAACCCUGUAAUUGAUAUACAAUUGUUUCGCAUAACCGGGAAAUGCUGCACAAAUCUUCCCUCACAUACCAGGAGUACAUUUCCCAUUGGGGUUGCCCUUCUCUUAUGUUGUUGCCAUAGAAUAUACAAGGGAAUUACAAAUGCCCAGCAGAGAGGGAGGUUCUUGAGUGAUACAAAUAAAGGCUUCAAAUUAUUGAGCUGAUUUUUAUAGGCAAGCGAGACCGCAAAGGUCUAGUUGACUUCUUACAGGGAGGAAACUUGGAAAGAAAAUGAGCAGUGAACCGUCUGGUGUUAUAUCUGAAAACAUUAAUGUUGGUGCCCGGGGUGAUAUAAACAAUAGGGAUGAACGUGUAAGUAGUAUAUCUCUAGAGACCGGUGAAGUAUUUUCCGCAGAGUUCACGCCACGAAAAGUACCCACCAUGAAGGAUUCACAAAACAAUCGGGGUGGCUUUACCAUUCCUCAAAAUGAUGUGGUCUAUGAGGACCUUAACGGUCUACUAGGUAUACAAAGAAGAGGUUUCGAAAGUAUAGCAAGAAAUCAUAGAGCUUAUAUGGAUGGAAAUAGAGCUACAUGGGGACCAGCAGAAAACUCCCCACACUCAUGCCACCCUUACAACGAUGGUCAAGAAGGGCCAUACAAACCUUUUUCUAAAAAACUGAAAUUCCUAUGCAGUUUCGGAGGAAGAAUUUCUCGAGGACCGAACAAUGGUAGGCUUAGGUAUGUUGGUGGUGAGACUAGAAUAAUAUCAAUUAGGAAGAACUUAACUUAUGAUGAACUAGUGAAAAAGACUAGAGCCAUUUAUGAUCACCCUCACACCAUAAAGUACCAACUCACUGGUGAAGAUCUUGAUGCACUUAUAUCUGUGACAUCUGAUGAGGAUCUCCAUAACAUGAUAGAGGAAUUCCAGGACUCGGGAAAGAUUUCACAAUUUCUCCGUCUUUUUCUUGUGCAUUCAUCUGAGGAGGAAACUCUUUGUUCUUUUGAACCAUUGACCUUACAACCAAGCCAGUUUCGGAGCACUUUAGACUAUAGUCCGAGCUAUCAAAGAGAUUCCUUUGCUUCAUUUCAUCCAUUCAACGUAAUAGUCCCAAACAAUCCUACUGCUCACCAGUUUAAUACAUAUCAGUCUCCUCCAUUGUCUCCACUAGCAGGUCAUCAGUUAAAAGAUUUCAAACGCUGCCCUGAUUUGGCAUUUACCAAUAUUCAAUGUGAUGAAGGUAAUGAUUCAUAUAGUCCGUAUCCUGUGGACCAAUGCUAUUGCUGUAGUAAUCCGUUAAGUUGUUACCGAAAAAAGGACUGUAAUUUAGUGGAACUGCACAAGGCUUGUGAGUCAAUCCCUCAAAAUCUUGUACUUCAACAUUGUAUUGCAUCCAAACUGCUCCUGAGACCAGGUUUGCAUACUAAAUCUGGUUGCGGAAUGCAUCAUGCUAUUUCUGAUCCACAACUGCACUGUGAACAGAGAUAUAAUGUCCCUUCAAAUUUUAAUAUAGAGAAAUGCCCUUCACUCGAAAUGAUUAGCUCUUCGAAAAAAUUGUCAAUGCAAGGGAAAGAAUUGAGAGAUGACAAACAGUUCGAGCAGCAAAAUCUUAAAGAACCAGAAUUUGUGAAACAGUUAAAGCAGAAGAAUCUUUACUCAGCUCAGGAAAAAUCUUAUUUUGGGACUAAGGAAACAUGUACUCAAAAAGCUUAUGGUGGCAGUAACUCUUCUAAACCCCUUGUCUCUCCCAGUAAUAAUAAUGCAGCAACCAUUUGUAUAGAGCACUGCAAUGAUCCUAAUGCUUGUUGGGGAACAACUUCAAAGCCUGAAGUCAGUGAAAACAGAAACUUUUCUAUAGGAUUGAUGAAACACUCCACAAACAACUGCCGGGAUGCGUGUUUUGGUUUAUCAGAUAGAUCUGGCUUCAAUAUAGAGGUGAAUGGUCCCCUUGUUCCUGACAUAUCAUUACAAAAUUCAGCUGCUGCUUUUGCACAAGAUUUUACAGUCAAUCAGGGCAUGUCCAAUGGUAAACAGACACAGCAAAGGUCAGAGGGUUUAUCAAACCAAAAGCAUGACACAUUGUUCGAGUUCCAACUCUCGGAUAAUUCUAAUGGCUUUAGAGUCCCUGAUGGACCAUCGUCUGCAAAUUCCUUCCCACAUGAGCAAGAUGAACCUGACUAUAAGGUACUCUGGCUUCUUCCAUGUGAUGCUCCAUUCUAUUGAGAAGGAGAAAAUUUCAAACAAUAAUCCCGACAAUAAAUUUUCAUGUAAAAUUGGCAUUUUUUUUUAUUUUUAGGACAAAAAAGCAGAUGGUGAUGGAGAGGGUUUAUCUAUCAAUGAUGCUGCAAAUAUUGAAACAGAGGCGGGGAUAUGUGGCUUUCAGAUUAUAAGAAAUAGUGAUCUUGAAGAGCUACGGGAGUUGGGAUCUGGUACAUUUGGGACUGUACAUCAUGGAAAGUGGAGGGGAACAGAUGUUGCUAUCAAGAUGAUAAAAAAGAGCUGUUUUGCUGGCCGAUUAUCUGAGCAAGAACGGUUGACCAAUGAUUUCUGGAGGGAGGCUAAGAUUCUUUCAGACCUCCGCCACCCAAAUGUAGUAGCAUUCUAUGGGGUGGUUCCUGAUGGACCAGAAGGAACAAUGGCUACAGUUACUGAAUACAUGGCUAAUGGGUCACUGAGGCAUGUACUUCGAAGGAAGGACAGAACUCUUGACAGACGAAAAAAACUUAUGAUUGCAUUAGAUGCUGCAUUUGGUAUGGAAUACUUGCAUUUGAAAAAUAUUGUUCAUUUUGAUUUGAAGUGCGAGAACUUGCUUGUCAAUCUGGGAGAUCCACAACGACCUAUUUGCAAGGUUGGUGAUUUUGGAUUGUCAAGAAUAAAACAGAAUACUCUUGUUUCGGGUGGUGUUCGAGGAACACUUCCAUGGAUGGCACCCGAGUUAUUAAAUGGGAGUAGCAGUCGGGUUUCAGAAAAAGUUGAUGUUUUCUCAUUUGGCAUUACAAUGUGGGAGAUCUUGACAGGAGAGGAGCCUUUUGCAAGCAUGCACUGUGGCACAAUCAUAGGUGGCAUUGUAAAUAACACUCUUAGGCCUCCAAUUCCUCAACGGUGUGAUUCUGCAUGGCGAAAGUUGAUGGAAGAUUGUUGGGAAUUCGAUCCAGCGGCAAGGCCAUCAUUUACAGAGAUAACAAACCGAUUGCGUGCAAUGUCUGCUGCUUUCCAACCAAAGACGAGGGUGAGGAGAUGAGAUCAUGUACAUAAAUGCAAGUCUUAUGAACAAAGUUGAAAAGAAAUCGUUUGCACAGCUACACACUACUAAUAUGCAAAAUACAUAAAUGCAAAUAUUGUUGUAAAUGAUUUAACCUAUGUACGUUAAAGAUAUAAAUGAGACACCUUAUUGCUUUUGUCUAUACAUGGGCAUUAUGUUA